UAGUGUGAGGGUAUGGUUGGUGUGAGGUAAGUGUGAGGGGGGCAGUGUGAGGUAAGGGUAAGGAGGGACAGGGUGAGGGUGAGGUAAGUGUGAGUGAGUGGUUAGUGUGAGGGAGUGGUUAGUGUGAGGGUGUGGUUAGUGGAAGGGUGAGGUAAGUGUGAGUGUUGUUAGUGUGAGGUAAGUGUGAGGGUGUGGUUAGUGUGAGGUAAGUGUGAGGGUGUGGUUAGUGUGAGGUAAGUGUGAGGGUGUGGUAGUGUGAGGGUGUGGUUAGUGUGAGGUAAGUGUGAGGGUGUGGUUAGUGUGAGGUAAGUGUGAGGGUGUGGUUAGUGUGAGGUAAGUGUGAGGGUGUGGUUAGUGUGAGGUAAGUGUGAGGGUGUAGUUAGUGUGAGGUAAGUGUGAGGACAUGGCGCUGAGCUGCAGUGAGGAGGAGCAGGAGCUCAGCUCUCGGUGUUUGGAGGAGUGUAAGGGGUGUGAGGAGGUGUUGGGGUUUGGAGAUGAUCUGGAGCUGAACCGGUUCGACGGGCUCCCGCACUCCUCCCGGUUUUACUCCCUCCUGCAGGAGCGGCAGCAGCUUCCGGUCUGGAGCAGCAGAGCAGAGUUCCUGCAGAACCUGAAGACCAAUCAGAUCCUCCUGCUCUCCGCCUCCUGCAGGAGCGGCAGGAGCUCUCAGGUUCCUCAGUGGUGUGCGGAGUUCUGUCUGGAGGUGAGGUAUCAGCACGGCGUGGUGGUGUGUAGUCAGGUUCAGGGGAGGCAGGCGGUUGAGCUGGCGCUGCGCGUGGCUGAUGAGAUGGAUGUGAAUAUCGGUCAUGAGGUGGGAUACAGCGUACCUCUCCAGAACUGCUGCUCCAGCGACACCAUCCUCAGGUUCUGCACUGAUGACGUUCUCCUCAGGGAACUGAUGUCAGACCCGUUGUUGGAGCACUAUGGCGUAGUGGUGAUAGACCAGGCUCAUGAACGCACUGUGAGCACAGACCUGCUGCUGGGUCUGCUUAAAGAGGUUCUCCUGCAGCGUCCAGAGCUCAGAGUGGUGGUGCUCUCCGUCCCUCCGGCCUCUGAGACGUUCCUCCAGCACUACGGGGAGGUUCCUCACCUGCGGGUGGAGACCCCCAGCUCUGCUGAGGUGGUGUACAGCAGCGGGGGCAGAGCGGAGAACUUCUACUCUGCGCUGAGGCUGGUGCUGGAGGUCCACAGAGCUAAAGAACCGGGAGACCUGGCGGUGUUCCUCGCCUCGGAACAGGAGGUAAUCUGUGCCUGCAGUCUGCUGGUUAAGGAGGCGGCGAGGUUAAGCAGUGCUCUUGGAGAGCUGGUGCCGGUGGCUCUGUGCCCGGGUCAGCCUGGCAUCUGCCCACCAAUCACAGAAAACCAUUAUAGGAGCCGAAAGGUCUUUCUCUCCUGCAGCCAAUCAGAAGACAUGUUUUGGUCAGUGGACACGGUGAAUUUUGUGAUUGACACUGGAGUUGAGAAGAGAUAUGUGUAUAAUCCACGUAUCAGAUCCAGUUCUGAGGUGAUCAGACCCAUCAGUAGAUGUCGGGCGGAGAUCCGUAAACAGCUGUCCGGCUCGACAGGGAAGUGUUUCUGCCUGUAUCCUGAGGAGGCGGAGCUUCCCGCGGAGAUUCCUGCUCGGAUACUGGAGGCGAACAUCACCUCCACUGUUCUGUUCUUAAAGAGGAUGGAGGUGGCCGGACUCGGACGCUGUGACUUCAUCAGCAGACCAGAUCCUGAAGGUUUGAUGCAGGCGUUGGAAGAGUUGGAUUAUCUGGCAGCGCUGGAUGAUGAUGGAAACCUGUCUGAGAUCGGGAUCAUCAUGUCAGAGUUUCCGUUGGACCCUCAGAUGGCUAAAGCUCUUCUGGCCUCCUGCGAGUUUGAUUGUGUCAAUGAAGUGUUAACUAUUGCUGCAAUGCUGGCAGCUCCCAGCUGCUUCCUGGAGCCGCCUUUUGGUUUUGAAACAGAAGCUAUGAAAUCCCACAUGAAGCUCCAUCACCCAGAGGGAGACCAUUUCACCCUGAUCAACAUCUACAACGCUUUCAAACGCAGCCAGAGAGAGACGCAUGUCCUGCAGGAGAAAUGGUGUCAGGACUUUUUCCUGUGCUGUUCGGCUCUUCGGGCUGCAGACGCAGUGCGGGACGAGCUGACGGAUAUCCUGAGAAGACUCGAGCUCCCGCUCUCUGAACCCGCAUUCGGCACCAAGACCAACACUCUGAAUAUAAAGAGAGCGCUGCUGUCGGGAUACUUCAUGCAGGUUGCUCGAGAUGUGGACGGUUCGGGGAAUUACUUCAUGCUGAGUAAUAAACACCUGGCGCAGGUUCACCCGCUCUCUGCUUACGGAUCCAGAGCUCAGAAACUGGGUCUGCCUGAGUGGGUUCUGUUUCACGAGUACACCCUGUCUGAUCUCAACUGCAUUCGCACCGUCACUCACAUCCAGCCCGAGCUGUUCAUUCAAAUGGCACCACAGUAUUUCUUCUAUAAUCUGCCCUCUAGUGAGGGGAAGGAGCUCCUGCAGAACAUUUUGGACAGUGAAGGGUCCAGAACCCUGAAGAGGAGGCAGAAGAACCAGCCUGUGAUCACAGAGCCGCCAAAAGAACCAGAGGAGUCCCAGUCUUCCGAUAGAUGUGUGAUACAGUGAUCCAGACUGUUAUACAGAAUCACUGUGAGCUUCUCACUCCUGAUCCUCUGCACCACUACCAGAACUUCCUCCAGCUUAUCUACACGCUCUAUGCAGUCCUUUCACAGUCCCGGAAGUGUAAAUAUAUCACAUCAGCACCUUCACGUUUCCAGGGAUUAUGUGCACUUCUAAAUAAUUAAAUAAAUAACAGUCACACAAGUAAAUCAGCCAGAACAUUAAUACCACCUCCCUCUUGUCAGCUCCACUGCGCAUAUAGAAGCACUUUGUAGGUGUCUCCCAUAAAUCUGUUCUUCAGUCUCAGCACUGCAGUGAUUAGCAUGGUGGUGUACGAGGUGUUAGUUUGUGUUCUGGUACGAGUGAAGUGUGGAGUUUUGGGUAAGUGCUCACAGGACGCUGCUGGUGUACUAGUAGUGUUUAAAACCUCCAGCAGCACUGCUGUAUCAGAUCCACUCACUGUACCAGCUCAACACCAGCUAACACCUCAUACACCACCACCAUGUUAAAUCACUGAAGUGCUGAGUAUAACCACCCAAAUAAUAAUAAUAAUAAUAAUAAUAGCUGUAUCUCUGUGAUGGUUUUCUAUCCUGUGGGUUCUAAAUAUUGAAGAACAGGGUAAAAAUAAGGAGGAGAAAAAUAAAAUAUACAGAGAAACACAAACACAACUACAGUCUGUAAUUAUUAUAGAAAAACAGAGUGAAAUAUAUGAUCAGUGGAGCAGAAAAAUUAAGAGCCAGAUAUAAGUGGUGGUAGUAAUGUUAUAGCUGAUCGUUG